UGCACGAACUUCACUGUAAUAGUAAAUAACAACAAAGAUAACCUUGGUUUCACUUGCCCAGUACACGUUGCAUUUUCAAAACCAAUUGAAUUCAAUACAACAACGCAAACUUGAUCAAAGUUGCACAAAGAUUUUAAUUUCUUUACAUGCGUUUUGCAAAACGUACCGGUUAAAAAGCCCCAUGUUGACAUUCUGCACCCACACAAAUUUAUCAAAAUGAGUAAUAAAGAAAGAGGGUUGUGAACGUAUUUUGUGCCAUUUGACCUAUUUCAAGUCUGGGCAAUGGCUGGACGUACUCAACAAACAACUAGGCAGGUUGCAAAACCCAGAAAAAGGACACAGCCUCCUGUGUUCAAUGGUGUUACAGGAUCGUACGAAGACAAAGAUAGUGACUUUCUAUGCCCUAUUUGCUUUGACCUAAUUGAGGAGGCACAUAUGACCAAAUGUGGACAUACAUUUUGCUACAAGUGCAUCAAACAAAGUUUGGAAACAGCAAACAGGUGUCCCAAGUGUAACUUUGUCAUUGAAAGUCAGGAUCUGAUUUUCCCCAACUUCAUGUUGAAUGAGUUGGUUCAGAAAUAUCGCAGUCGGCAAGAUGACAAACGAAUACGUCUAGACCAUCAGGUAAUGAAUGUACCUGGCUCCCUGGACCUGGCAGAGAUGGUAAUGGAGGAGAGUUUGGACCUUACUAAUGUUAACAAUCUCCUGGAACUGCUUCACAAUCGCAAACAACAGCUGGAGGAUGAUGGGAGGCUUGCUCAAAAUAUCGUGUUGAAAGACUUCCUUGUACAACUACGACAGAAGAAGCAAGAGCAACUAGGGAAACUGUCAAAGGAGAUUUCAAUACUUGAUGAAGAUGUUCAAUCAAUAGAGGAGAGAAUAAAUGAGCACAGAGAAAAAUACCCUUACCUACCUGAUCACCUUGUACCAAAUAGCGUAGACCCCUCACUACCUGGAGGUAGUGGCCUGUCCAGUAGUCAGGAUGGCUUCAAUGGCAGUAAAAAUUCAGGCAAACAGUGGUUACGAACAUCUAUGGCAACUCGGAGAAAGAAAGUGAACCAACAUUUCGAUGAUCUACACCAAUGUUACUUCAGCAUUAGAAAUGAUGUGUUUUCUGAUAGUGAUGGAGGUGGUCUGGAUGAAUUUACAGAAAGCCUGUCAAAGUUUACCAGAUUCUCGUCAUUUCGACCCCUGGCCACUCUCUCAUACACCAGUGAUAUCUACAAUAGUUCCAGUAUUGUCUCAAGUAUAGAGUUUGACCGUGACUGUGACUUUUUUGCGAUUGCCGGGGUGACAAAGAAGAUAAAGGUGUUUGAAUAUGGGACUGUGGUAAAGGAUGCCGUAGACAUUCACUACCCCAUCACGGAGAUGACGUGUAACUCAAAAAUCAGUUGUGUAACAUGGAGCUCAUACCACAAAAAUAUGCUGGCCAGUGCAGACUAUGAGGGGGCUAUUACAUUAUGGGAUGCUUUCACUCAACAAAAACUAAGACUUUUCCAGGAACAUGAAAAGCGGUGUUGGAGUGUUGAUUUUAACAGAAUGGAUCCACAACACAUUGCGUCUGGGUCAGAUGAUGCAAAAGUGAAGCUUUGGUCCACAAACAAGGAGAAUUCUAUAAUGAGUAUAGAAGCGAAGGCGAAUGUUUGCUGCGUCAAGUUUAACCCUGACAGUAGAUACCAUCUGGCAUUUGGUUCUGCAGAUCACUGUGUCCACUACUAUGACCUGCGCAACCCGAAACAAGCAGUGAAUGUUUUCAAAGGUCACAAAAAGGCUGUAUCAUACACAAAAUUCCUCAACCACACAGAACUGGUCUCAGCAUCAACAGAUAGUCAGCUCAAGUUAUGGACCACGGGUAAAUCUACAUCUGUACGUACAUUUAAUGGGCACAUAAACGAGAAGAACUUUGUAGGCCUAGCAACGGAUGGAGAUUAUGUAGCUUGUGGUAGUGAAAAUAACUCCCUGUACAUCUAUUACAAGGGCCUAUCAAAACAGCUGCUCACAUACAAGUUUGACACUGUCAGAAGUGUACUGGACAAAGAGAAAAAGGAGGAUGACUCCAAUGAGUUUGUCAGUGCUGUUGCCUGGAGACCUGGUUCAAAUGUGGUUGUUGCUGCAAAUAGUCAGGGUACAGUUAAGGUUCUUGAACUAGUCUAGAUGUGUUUUCCCCACCAUGCAAUUUAUAUAUCAGACCUCACCACAACCUUCUGACCUCAGUGACUUUGUGUUUCUAUGGAAACUCAGAUCUAAUGGUAGUAAACUAUUAGAGGCAGCAUUCAUAUAGUUACCAUGCCAUGGAAACAGCAAUAAAAAAAUAGCGUUCUAAUGAUGGAAAAUAGUAGUAAAACCAUUGAAACAGUAUUCCAAAGCUAUGGAGGAAACAUUCAUUCAUGGUAAAAAUAGUGUUCUAAUAAUAGAACAUGUUGUAAACCCAUGGAAGUAUCAUUCUUAUUGUAGUACGGCUAUGGAAACAGUGUUAGCAUGCUAUGGGAGGCGCAUUCAGUCAUGGUAUUGAAGCAGUCAUGGUAAAAUUAGUGUUCUAACAAUAGAAAAUGUUGUCAGCCCAUGGAACCAGCAUUCUUAUGGCUGGACACAAUAUAAUGCUACAGAAACAGAGUUCUAAUGUUAGAAAAGAUCGUUAUGCAGGGAUUAAAGGCUGAAAACAGUGUCCUGCCAUGGAAACAGAGUCUCAUGGAAGCAAAGCAUGGAAACUUCACUUGUAUGAUAAAAACCAAGGAAAAGCAUAAUGAAUAGAAAACAAUAGACACGGUGAUUUUCAUGAUAGCAAAACAAGGUCACACCAUUACACAACCUUGCUAUUCCUAACUAUGAAUUAUUGUCAGAGUGCUUGUUAGAAUAUGUUGUUGUUCUUUACCAGUGAAACAGGAGCCUAAUGACAGAAAAGGACAUUCAUGUAAUGCUGGAUUUCAUGAGGGCAGAGUGAGGCUACAAAAAUAGCAAGGUGCAGCAUCCUCUUUUAACUCCUGAGCUCAAAACCUACAUUAAUUUCUUAUCAAAUCUGUAUGUUUAGAAAGGAAUGCAUUAGUUCACAUUCGCUUGUGGUGGUGUGUAAAGUUUAGUAAAAGGAAAAAUAACUCCUCUCAUAGACCCAUGGUAUUUCUUUCCAGUUAAUAUAGCAAGAUUUCUUUGUGUCAUUGUUAAAUGUUAUUUCAGGACCAUUUGGAAAUGGUGAUUUGUAUCUUUGGUCUAAAUUUCCUAGUUUAUUUUUGCUUAUGAUGGUGUUAUCAACUCAUCAUUGUUUUUUUUGACUGACAUGUUGUUUUUAAGUUCUUUAAAACUAGAAAAUAUCUAUGAUUUUUUACCUGCAACAUUUUGUGAUGUUUACUUUUCAAGUUUUGUUUCAUCAACAUUUGAAGAGGCAUUCAGUUAUUUAAAAAAUACACAUGUAAUCCUAACAAUUUCAAAAACUGUAACAGCGAUUGUUUUGGAUUUUUUCCUUCAAAAAUGGGAAUAUUUUCUGAAAAGAUCAGGCUAAAAUAGUUGAUAUAUUAAUAUAACGUUUUGAUGCAUACAAAAUACUGUACCAGAGAUGGUCAUUUAAAGGUCUUUAUUUAUCAAAAAAAUACAUUGGACAUUGGAUUUUUUGUUCAUUCACGAAACUCUGCCUACUGAAAUGGGACAAGUUUAGUAAGUUUAUGAAAAAAAAAAUUAUGUCACUUUGUUUGCAUGUGUGGCAUUUUGUAAACUAUCUUACUACUGUCAAAAGAUUUUUUUUAUAUAUACAUUGCUCAUGUCACUUAAGAUGUCUCAAGAUGGAAAAAAAUAAACACCAAUAGAUACAGAAUUUUACAUAUCCAGAAGACUGCCUCUUCAAACAGUGAAACGAUUGUACAUGGCUCAAUACAAGUAUGUCGCUCUACCAAAUGCAUUUUUUUAUGAGAUACAGUCGAAACCUGUUGGCUCUAUAUCAUAUCGCUUGGCUCGAUUUCCUCGUUGGCUCGAACUGGAUGUAAAAGAUUGAUUUUGUUCAAUUCUUUGUUAGCAUUCCUGCUUGGCUCGAUAUUUGCGAGGUUCGAAGUAUUUUGGCUGAUCCCUGUGACAUCAAACCAAUGGGUUUCGACUGUACAUGUAUUUAUUUAUGUUAUAAAGAGAAAUGUUAAUCAAAACAUGGAAUGGCUGGAUUUGAUAUUUUAUAUUAUGUGCUAUUGUUUUGGGGUACUUAUUAAAAUGUUUUUGUUUUUUGUUAUCAAACAGUACAUUGCAUAAGAAAAAUGAAGUUCCGAUUAUGAUAGUUUAUGAGUGAUGUCAGCGUGAGAACAUGUUACUGAGAAAAACUUAUAUUGCAUAACAUCACUUUGGGGAAAAUUAUUACCAUAUUUUCGAUUAAAAUCUUUGAUCGUAAUUGAAAAACUGUUCAUGUAUUUAACUGCUCAAGCUUUUUUAACAUGGUCUAAUUAAGUACCCAUAUACUCACACAUGUGGCCAGCUGAUAGACUCUAACUGAAAUAUUUGUUAUUUACAAUGAACAGGACUCUAACUGAAAUAUUUGUUGAGUUAUUUAUCUUGAACAGGAUAAUAAAGGGGGAAAUUGCAUUUUAUCCUCAGUGAGUGUUCAUGUUUAAAUGUGUUACAUUGUAUUAUACAGUCAUAGUCAUUUGAAGUUAUUUUUUGUUUUCUGUCAAACAGGAUUUGUGAUAUUUGAAAAAGAAAUGAUGAUUUUAAGAUAAUAAAUUUGAAAGAAAAAUGUUUUAGUUCAUCGAUUACUGACACUUGUGAAGGUAAAUAGUUGGUUGU